CUCCAGAUUUUCUAAGCUGUACUUUCUGGAACCGAAGUGAGGUAAGGUUAAGAUUUAAUAUAAAAAUACAUAUUUGUAAGACUUUAUGUAUCAGUUGGUACCCCAGUUCCAUUCUUUCCCAUUGUUACUAUAGUAACUGGGCUACUUUGAUAUAUAGCUACUCAGUGUUUUAACAAAUGACUGAAAUGCUUAUGAGAAUGAAUCAUUCCACUGGAGAGUACUGACAAAAACAUUGGUGUUUUCACUGCCGGACAGUGCAGCGAUGCCUGCCCCAGGUGUGUGCACGAACAUCAUCAAUGCACGUAAUAAAGAAGAUGGUUUUGGGACCGUUACCAACCCUGAGAAGUUCCUCGGCCAAGACUUCAAACAGCUGAAAGAGUACUGUCUCAUCCGGCGGGUAAGGUACAUUGACGACACCUUUCCCCCCGACUGGAGGUCCAUCGGCCAGGGGGUUCUGAACCCGUCUGACCUGGCCCGAGUGGAGUGGCUGAGACCAGGGAACAUCAUUUCCAAUGCAGCCUUUGUUGUUGAUGGGGUUUCCAGGUUUGACUUUGGCCAAGGAUCUGUUGGAAACUGCUGGUUUCUUGCAUCUGUUGGAGCUCUGACCUUCCAGAAAGACAUCCUUCAGCAAGUUGUUCCCCUGCAGCAGGAGUUUGAUGAGAACUACUGUGGAAUCUUCCACUUCAGGUUCUGGAGAUUUGGAAGAUGGGUCGAUGUUGUAAUUGAUGACAAGUUACCAACAAUCAACGGGAGACUCAUCUUUGUCCGCUCCAAAGACCCGACCGAAUUCUGGCCUGCUUUACUGGAGAAAGCCUACGCUAAGGUGUGUGGUUCCUAUUCAGACAUGACUGCUGGAACUCCUGCGGAGGCUUUGGUGGACUUCACUGGUGGGGUCCACAUUUGUGUCCAGCUGUCGGAUCCACCUCCCAAGCUGUGGGAACUGAUGUGCAGAGCUGGCAGGUCCAAGUCCCUGAUGGGCUGUGGUACACCUCAGGGAGAGACAAGCGCCAACACAGUGUUACCAAACGGACUGGUCCAAGGCCACGCCUACACGAUCACGGGUGUGAUGGAGAUUAUGAGCCAAGGAAAGCCGGUAAAUAUACUGCGUUUGUGGAACCCCUGGGGCAAAGGAGAGUGGAACGGAGCCUGGAGUGAUAAGUCCCGUCUGUGGCAAACCGUGAGUCCUAAGGAUAAAAACCUGUGCCAUUCAGUUCACGACGAUGGAGAGUUUUGGAUGACAUUUGAAGAUUUCAGUAAGUUCUACUCAGAUCUGGACAUCUGCUGCCUGUGUCCCAACUUCCUGGAUGGAAGCUCUCAGUGGAAGACUUCUUUCAGCGAGGGCCGAUGGGUUGCAGGAACUACAGCUGGAGGCUGCAUGAAUAACCUUGACAGCUUCUGGACUAAUCCACAAUACCGGGUCCAGAUUCAUGAGCCGUCCGGGGGAUGUGCCGACAAACAGGAGGGAAAAAACAUGCUUGUGUCUCUCAUGCAAAAGCCUGACAAGAGGAACAGACGGCUGGUCCAAAGUCUCCAUAUUGGGUUCUCCAUAUUUAAGGUGACUGAGCAGUACAAGGCACAGAGAGGAAAGUUCCCAGCUGCUUUCUUCAAGACGAACAAGCCCGUCGCCCAGAAUAAAACGUACAUGAACGCACGCGAGGUGAUGGAGUUUGUGGGACUGAUGCCUGGUGAAUACCUGAUUGUGCCGUCCACCUUCACACCCAAUGAGAGUGCUUCUUUCAUCCUGACCAUCCACUCCCAGGCACAGACCCAGGUCCAUGAGAAUUCUGGUGGCUUCAUAGAGACGAAUACCGAAACAGAAACAGAAAAGGCCAAAGUGGAGGAAAAUGGAACUGAUGAGGGAAAUAAGACCUUGCUGUUCCGUCAGUACUCUGACAAGUAUGAGGAAGUUGAUGCCGAGCAGCUGCAGAGCCUCCUCAAUCACAGAAUCCUGAAAGGAGAUUUGAAAUCUGGAGGCUUCAGCAUCGAUGCCUGCCGCAGCAUGGUUGCCCUGAUGGAUACAUCCAUCACUGGCAAACUGAACGAUGAAGAAUUUGUCCGUCUGUGGAAGAAGGUCGUCAUGUACAAGGACAUUUUCUUCCAAUGUGACGUUUCACAAACAGGGACGCUGUCGCUGAGUGAACUGAGGAACGCAAUCAAUGCUUCAGAAAAGGGGAUCAAUGAUGACAUGCUGAAUUUAUUAGCCGUGCGUUACGGUGCCGCCUCUGGUGACAUAACCCUGGAGAGCUUCAUCAGUCUAAUUCUUCGCUUCGACUGCAUGUCCAACAUUUUUAAGCUGCUGUCAGAUGGAACAGCCAUGUCCCUACGUAAUCCAGAGUGGAUGUACCUCGCCAUGUACACCUGACCUGACAGAGAAGACCAACUGCAAGAUAACAAAAAAAAUGCAAGAUGGGUUCUGCUUUAACUGAGUCAUUACGGAUUUGGUUUCCUGUAAUCCUUUCAGUUUUUCUAAUAUUGUUUAGAAAACAGAGUGGCAGGUGUGGCACCUUGAACUUUGCUCGUCUGUGCAGAGUCUAGCUCGUGGAGUUAAACUGCUGUCACGUUUGUUACAAACAUCUUUGCAUUUUCCUCUAUUCCUCUGAUUUGUUCUGUUUUUGCUUUUCCAAAAGCAUAGCAGUUUUUAUUGCAAAAAUAUUAACAGAUUUAGUAAUAAAGGAUCACAAAUAGUAUUAUAAGUCGUCAUUAGAUCAUUAAUCAUGUGCAAGACCAGAGUUAUUCAGCUUUUUACAGGCGAUCUUGUCUCUGCUCUGAUUUAAUAUCUAAGAUCUACAUUUUACUGAGCACCUACAUAUUUCCUGGUGGUAAGAUGUUACCAUUGUAACUUGCUAAACUAAAAUGGCAUUUAUGGCAAAUGUUUUACUUGUUAAAAAUAUUAGCCGGUGAUGCAUAUUUGGUUAUUUUGGGUUGUAGCAUAUUUGUGUUUGUGUGGUCACUGCAGUGCUGCAACUCUCCUGACCU